CUCAUCCUUUUCUGAUCUACCCCCACAUCUGCAUCGGCAUGAUGUCAAUAACGACGGAAAAGGUCUCAAGGCCUCCAGAGGCGUCGUCGCUGGAGAAGGCAGAGGUGCCCGACAGGCCUCUCACUCCAGUCUCGUCGACCGACCCCAUCACAGCAAAGCCUGCCGUGCAUCUGCAGCCUGUCGGAGAGCUGCCCCCAGAGGUCCCACCCAAAGACAUCACCACCCCGCCCGCCUCCCCUGUCAACAUCAUCACAGACACCCCUCUCGUCACCAGCCCGACCCAAACGCCGAGCACUCCCACCGCACCCCGCCUUCCCCGCCCAAGAGCAGUCGCCAAAGUCGAAUGCGUACUCCAAGGCAAGGAACCGCUCUCCGGCACGUACUACCUCGACCCGUGCCUGCACCACCCGCUCAUCCACGUGCCGCACGCGCUCACCUCCAUCGCCGAGGCGGCGCUGUCGGGCGCGAGCGCGUACCCGAAGGAGCGGUUCAACACGACCACGGGCGCGCCGAUCGACGGCAUGGCAAAGGUGGCGAAGGGAUACCUCGUGCCCCCGGACGGGCGGUUCGAGACGGAUAAGGGCGGGAUUGGGAUCGGUGUUGCGGUUGUCGACACGGUGGGCGAGGAAGCAGACAAAGGGCGGACCAAGGCGCGUGUCGACGUCGCGAGCAAGAAGGGCGGCGUACAGGUCGAGCUGAUCGAGGUGGACGACGGCCGCUCCGUCGACCUCCGCGUGCAGACAAUAUCAGGCAACAUUCUCAUCCUCCUCCCCGAGUCCUUUCGCGGGCCACUGCACUUCCAUUCCCCUGCGCCGCCGACGGUGUUGAAGGUUCUCGGCGCGCAGCUGCUCCCAAUAGCCAAGCCAUACGAUGGGUACUACACGACCGCGGUGGUUCCUCUGGGCGAGGCACGGGGUGCGCGUGGCGGCGCUGAUUACCGUCUCUUGAAGGCCGUCGGGCGGUUCGUGCCCAAAGUCAUUCUGGAACAGGGGGGCGAGUACGUCGAUAUGGCAGCGAGCGGGUACGACGCGCUCGGGCGGGCGGGGACGUCCAAGGUCGUCGUGAGGACUGAGAAGGGCAAGAUUGCCGUUGGGUAUCGCGGGUCAGCAGACGUCGCUGAGGCGAAAGGGCUUAAUCUGAAUGUCGGAGCAGACAGUAAGGUUAGACAUUGGUGGACGUUGUAGCGUGAG